AUGGAGCCCCUCUCCUUCCAGGAAUACAUCCGCUCCCUGGACCCCGCCACCCUGCCCCGCAUCCUCCGGAUUUGCUCCGGUGUCUACUUCCAAGGGUCCGUGUACGAGGUCUCGGGCAACGAGUGCUGCUUGUCGACGGGCGACCUGCUGAAAGUUGUGGCCGUGGCGCUGCAGAAGGUGACAUGCGAGGACACAGAGACAGGGCAGACGACGGAACUGCCACCGACGUUUAAGGGCAGCCAGCGCGUUCCGGUGUCUCGGCGCUCCACGUUUCAGCAAGGCAUUGCCCUCUACAGCCGUGGCUCCUCUUGCGAGCACAGCUACGCUCCUCUGCGGGUCGUGGUGAAAAACAGUCCUGGCUAUUCGUGA